CAUUCAUGAUAGGUUAUGUCAAAUCUGUGUGGGACGGUGUUAUUGUUACCUAUCUAGUUAUUUCGUGUGCUAAAUGAAAACUUGAUUUGUUAAGUUGAGAUAAUACACGACUAUUCUUAAAAUAAUGUAUAAAUAUAGAAAGUAAUUCAUUUAAUGGAGUAUGAAGCCACAUGAUGCUCUAUUCAAUUAAAUAUGUUUUGAGGUUAUGUCGGAGACAAGUAGUUAUACAAAACAAACGGUAUACGCAAGCUCGAGCUAUAACAAGCUCUGAAACGGAACAAAAAUCAAACAAAAACAACGAAACGAAAGAUUAUUCAGAGUUAUUGCAGAAAUACAAAGACAAAAUAAUUUUCAACUCAUACUUGGAAAACGACAAGCUGAAAUUAGGCUACUUUAAGUAUCAUAAGAAAGUUAUUAAAGAAGCAAAUGCCACGCUAAACAAAGAAUAUCAGGAGAAAAGUUUACCCCCACUCCCAGUGGCAUUACAGUACUAUGUGGAUAAUGAUAAGUUGCUUUCAGCUGAAAAUCAUAGCAACCAAGUCUUGGAACUCGAUGAAGAGCUGCAGUUACCCUUUGGGUCGCCUACGACAAUAGAAUAUGGUGACGAGCCAGAAAUUCCAUCACAAUCAGUUGCCAAUACUAAAAUACCUGCAGCAGUACCGCAGCCUGAUGACGAAUUUGAUAGAUCAGACAUAAAUAAGUGGAUGACUAACUAUGAGUACUUUGAUGACAGCAAAAUUUCUGAGAACUUUGAUGAUGGGUCUGAAGAUGAGAGUGAAUGGUCCAAAUAUUAUGGUACUCCUGACCCAACAGUCAGAGUGAGCAAGGUGCCAUGUGGGGGCUGUGGUGCUCUGCUUCACUGUAGCGACCCUGCCAUCCCAGGAUACCUUCCCAGUGAGAUCUACAAGGAUAGAGCAGUUGAGGAACUCAAGACUAUGGAGUGCCAAAGAUGUCAUUUCCUGAAGGAGUACAACAUUGCACUGGAUGUUAGUGUUCAGCCAGAAGAGUAUGAAAAAUUAUUGCAAUCCAUCAGAAAUGUAAAGUCCCUUGUUCUACUCAUGGUUGAUUUAUUGGACUUCCCCUGCUCAAUAUGGCCCGGCAUUGUAGAUAUCAUUGGGAAAGACAGACCCAUUAUACUUGUUGCUAAUAAGGUCGACCUGCUGCCUGGUGAUAGUAUUGGAUACUUGAAACGUGUUAAAGAAUCCUUAAUGACAGAAGUAAAAAAAACGAAGCUAAAUGAGGCCAACAUAAAACAUGUUGCUCUGAUAUCAGCUAAAACAGGUUACGGAGUAGAAGACCUCAUAUCAGCCAUGUUCAAACUGUGGCUGUACAAAGGCGAUGUGUUCCUUGUGGGCUGCACCAAUGUAGGCAAGAGCUCCUUGUUCAAUGCCUUGCUGCAGUCUGACUACUGCAAAGUGCAUGCUGUGGACAUCAUCAAACGUGCCACUGUGAGUCGGUGGCCUGGUACAACACUAAAUCUUCUCAAAUUCCCUAUAAAUAGGCCUUCAGGUUGGAAAAUAUACCAAAGAACUCGAAGAUUGCAAUCCGAAGCCAAACUCUACAAAGUUGAAAAAGAAAUUAGAAAUGCUCAAUUGCAUGGUAAAAUACCUAAGGAAGCACCCGCCUUGAUUGGACAUAUUGGAAGGUCCUUCUCUGAACUCUAUGACGUCGACGAUAUUGAUUUAGAUAAACAAAGAAUGACAGUUCUGAAUGAAAGGGAUAAAAUAUUUGCAAAGAGCAAAUGGUUGUAUGACACGCCGGGAGUAAUACACCCUGAUCAAGUUCUGUCGCUCCUUAGCACUGAGGAAUUGCUUGUUACCAUUCCAAAACAAUUGAUCAGACCACAGACGUACUUCAUAUAUGAAGGUAGCACGUUGUUCAUUGGCGGUCUCGCUCGGGUAGACCUCGUAGACAGUGAAGAGCCAUGUCGGUUCACUAUAUUUUGUUCAGAGAGUUUGCCGAUAACUGUAACAAAGACUGAGGAUGCUGACGAGGUGUAUGACAAGUUUGUGGGCACGGAGCUGUUUGCGGCGCCCAGUGGGGGGCUUGCUAGGCUCAGUAGGUGGCCGGGGCUGCAGCAUACUUCGGACUUAUUGGAGUUUGCUGGAGAGGGACCUAAGUGGGUCUGUGGGGACAUUGUGUUGUCCUCUGUAGCUUGGGUCGGAGUCACAGCUAAGAAGGGAACGAGUUGUAAAGUGCGGGCCUGGACACCUGAAGGAAGAGGAAUCUACAGACGGCAACCUUCGGUUUUGCCAUACUCUGUUAAUUUGAAAGGCAAAAGGUUGCGCGACACGCCGGCGUACUUAGUUGGAAAAGUGUUCUCUGAGGAUGAAUAGAUCAGUAUCGUUUCUGUACCUUGUUAUGUAAGUAAUAAAGAUAAGGAAAAAGA